UCUGUCGCAAGUUGACGACGGGGAUGGGGAUAAGUCAAUCCGAGCUUGCUUCUCCCUUUGAAACAACGUUUUUUCGCGUCAAUACAGUCUACAUUGUGGACUAAUACACCCGCGAUCCUGAAUUUUCUUUCGGAUCUGAAAUAUUCCAGCAAGCAGAGGGGUUAGAGCUACUCAGCUCUGCAGGAGCUAUCCUUUAGCUUCCUCGCCAUGUCUUCGGAUGACGAUCACCAAAGUCAACUUUCGGAGGAGAACGAGCGAAAACAUGCUUCUGAUGCCUCCGAAAGGGGAGCUAAUGACGCCUUGAACUUUGACGAUGAGCAAAUUAACGGAGAUGACGACGCAGACCUUUUUGGUUCUGAAUCAGAGCCUGACGAGCACAAGCCGCGGAGACUCGAUGAUGAGGAACUGGAUUCUGGCGAUGACGAAGGUCGCUAUGACCGGCUUGGCUCCCCCAUGGAUGAGGAUGGAAUGAACUAUACGGAGUCGUUAAACGUCAUGGACCUGAGUCUCAGUCGUGUACCAGAACCAGAAUCUACAGACGGAGAGGUCUACACUUUGGCCAUACCAAAUUUCCUCGCUAUUGAGUCCGAAGACUUCAACCCAGAAACAUAUGUUGCUCCGCCCUUUAACUCAGCAUCUACAUCCCUCUGUUGGCGCUAUGAUCCAAACGAUGGUGAGAUGCUUCAAUCGAAUGCUCGGAUUGUCCGCUGGUCAGACGGUUCAUUGACCCUCCAACUUGCAUCGAAUCCAAAGGAGCAAUAUCGAAUGCCAUCUAAAAGGCUCGCUCGUUCUAACAAGGCGCGAAAAGCUACUGACUACGAUUCUGAGUUGGAUGCACACGCUUAUCUCGGCGCAGCUGCUGAAGCUUCUUCAGUGUUCCGUAUUACCUCUCACCUUACGUCGUCGCUAAGCGUCCUUCCAACAACGGUGGAAACCGACGACGCUGUCCAACGGCUCAAAGAGUCAUUGGAAGCUGCUGCGAGGGGUGCAAAAAAGAACCCGGAUGGCACUGUCACCAUGUUUGACGUCGCUGAAGACCCAGAAUUGGCCAAGAAACGUGCUGAGCUUGCAGAGCGUGAGAAAUUGCGAGCAGAUCGUAAGCGUCAGCUGGCCGCAGACCGUGAUCUUGACCGAGGAAGGCGUGUCGGUAUUUCCUAUAGAACCGGAGGAGGUGGGCUCACUGUUGCUGGAUUAGAAGGCGACGAUGAUAUGUUGACCACCAGAGCCCGUGGCGCAAAGAAACCCAAACGGAGACCUAAUCGUCGCGGGGAGAUAUAUUCCGAUGAGGAAGAUGAGUACGAUCGAAGAGGACGGACAAGGGAAGAUGAGUAUGACGAAGAUGACGGUUUCCUGGUUGGUAGCGAUGAAGAACCAGAGAUUAUGGAGGAUGAAGACGAAGAGGAAGAAGAAUUUGAAGACGGAGAUGCCGAUGCCGAAGGAGAAGUUGAUGAGGAAGCGCCACAGAAACCAUCAAAGAGAGAGCCCUCACCAAAAAGGUCACCAGUGGAGACCCUUCGGAAAAGUGCUGAACCUGAAGUUGGAUCACCGCCUGCCAGGAAGAAAAAUCGAUAUGUCGUUGAUGAUGAUGAAGAUGAUGAGUAAGGAGGGCAGAUCUUGUGCCUGGAACAACAAUAAUGCCCUCUUCGCCUCUCCUUCCUCUCUGGCCGUUGGCAGCACAACCACUGACGCCGUAUUUUGCUUCUAAUAAUAAUAUUUUAUGGGAAUUAAUAUAAAAGCGGAACCCGAAAUGAUACUUGGCCCCCAAUAAAACUCGCGUCCCACUUCCCGAGCGCUACAGAAGCGCAAAACCCCUUGACAGCCCCGCGGCAGAUCUAUGCUUGGGGAUGUCAACCGGCCUUGUACAAUAUUUUUGUUCGCCUGCAUAAUUUUUCACCCUUUACUUGGACACUACAAAACUUGGCGCUUAUCCCACGCAUGACGUCUAGACUUCGGGUAUUGUGAUCAUGCGGAAAUGGAAACCAAAAAUUAAAAUGACAAUACAAACUGUUCAACAAUGAGAUCCCCUUUGCCCUUUCCAGUUUUAUUCUAAAACCCUCUUGAAAUUCCUAAGAUAAGAGCAUUCUCUUUGCAAAUAUAUUGUGACAAGGUUCUUCGCCACCACCCUUGAUGUGUGUCAAAUCAGCAAUCUCUCAAUACUUGCAAGAAUUAUGCUUCGUUGUUUUCACUUGGCAUUGGUGGAAAAUCUGAUAACAACCCCGACAAGGAGCCUGAACCCUCAGUCCUCACCAUCCCUCCCUUUCAACGCCAGGGCAUUAUUUCCCCUCAAAGCCUUACUCCCCUACAAGCCAAGAAAUAGAUGGAAAAAGAAAAGCAAAGAACAGAGCUAGCACUCAAACCCAACUAGCAUUCUUCCUCCCUUUUCUUUUCUGGCCCCCACCCAACUCGUAGAAAGGCUAGAAGCCACCCAGUUUCAAACCCCACAUCAUGAAACUUGUUGGAAUAACUAGUAAAAUGGAAAUAAUAAAAUCGGGCUUUGAGGUAUCAGCCAUAACAUCCCCGCGUUCUCAAGAGGGCUUUGCAUUAGCUUCGUUCGCAUCUGGAUACCACCAUAGUAGCUCCUAUGUAUCCUCGAGUCCCUCGGAUGAAGAACACGCAUGUAACCCUUUUUGUUUUUCUUGCUUCGUUCCCAAGUUUUCUUAGCCAAAAACUAGGGCUAAGUUACUUAUUUUCGUUGUUACUCUCAUUUAGUUUUUAAUUGUUUUCCAUACAUACAUAUACUGGAAAGACAGCUGAAAAACAAAAGCAACUAUCACCAAGGGUCAUGCUUAUUUGAUCUAGGCAGUGGAGGAAGACCUGUAAGGAAAGAAUAAACUUUUAGCGCAGCACACAAAUCCAUGGCGAUCCGGUCAUAUAUAGUAACAAUGGGGUUUUUUUUUUUUUUUUUUUUUUUUUUUUUUUUUUUAAAAAAAAAAAAAAAGUUUUAGCUAGAAGAAACUGCUUGGUGGUUAUUUUCACUCCAUUUCAGAACAAGUCAUGAGAUAUUUUCAUUUGCCUUUUCUUAAUCGCCUCUCAUCUUUGCUUGCGACAUAGCGGUCAAUUCAUUAAUAAUCAUACCUGCAUACAAGUCAGGCUAGCUUUGGACUAUUAAUAAUUAUAAUAAAUAUUGAACAAGGCAAGGCAGUAGUUAUCCUCGAUGAUCCGAAUGUGCCAAACAAACCGGCAGCUCAUGUCCCUCGCGUCCCCCUUCCAACCUCUUGUCCCCCUCCCAUUCCCCCCACUAUCAAAACACAUCCCACCAGACGGGAAAGAUCAUACGACCCCAAUCCCUAUACCCCGGGAACUCCAACUUCUUCACUCCUCACAGCACAGUUUCACAGUCCCAAAGGCGCAGAACUGCCCAGAUGACAUGCGGGCACACUCCGGAUCAUGGCAUGUUCCGUCAUCGUUGGAAGUAGACGCGCAAAAUGGCUUCUCAUCGCGGGGACAUCGGGCAUUACAGAAGGGGGCUGUGCCAUACCACCGCUUCUUAGCUGUUGCUGUCGUUAUGGCGGUGGAAAGGACGCAGAGGACGACCAGGGAGAAUUUCAUGCUUGGGGGGUUAUUUGGCUGGUUUAUGUUGGGUUGGUUUUGGGGCUUUUCACUUUUUUGCGUUUGUAGCUUGUUAGCAAGCUAUCCUGGUAAGGGUGUCAAAAGGAAGUCCUCGGUGUCCCAUAAAUAUUUAUUGACAGACGGUUAGAUGCAAGAUGUGGAGAUUCUUUUCGGAAUCAUCGCGGAGUUGGGCACUAGCUGCUUACACUGCAGAAUUUCUAGGCUGAUACACGCGUGCUUUUGAGAUGCCUGUUCAAAGCAGUCCGACGGAAUUCUGAGCAAUUGGGGGGAUUUUUGGUUUUUCCAAUCUAGAUAGAAAAUUAGCGCUCUGACGUCCAUAUGUCAAGUUUCGACUCGGGAAAAAGGUUGCAACCUUACAUUUGCAAGAAGCGCGUUCUCAUGACAUGUACGUAAUAAUGUACAUGUAGCUCUGUAGAUAUCUAAGAGUUGUGAUAUUCGCAGGAUUGGAGAAAGUACAUAUUCUCCCUGGGGGCCCCCUACCUCUAUCAAUGCCAUUGUGACUCCUUUCCCAUGUUUUAAUUGUGUGGAAGAACCUUGGGACGGGCGUUCAUGUGGAAUGCAUGACUGCAAGUAUUUGUUUGUUCUCUGAGAACAUUUCAACUCGAGAUGCAGCGGAAUCUUGCAGACUUGAAUUUCAGCUUCCUGCUAGAUUUUCACUAGCAGCAAAAUCACCUGGUCUGUUUUACCGUGCCCUUCUCUUGCAUACCAUUUACCCCGCAAGUGUGGAACCAAAUCGUACAUACAUACAUAGUAUAGCGGCACACAGGUUGCCUGUCUGUUGCAAACGGGCCGGUUUGACUUGUUACACUGCAUCGAAUCGAGCUGCAAAAUCAGAUUCAUAUCCCCCUGUUUAUGUGCUUCUUUUUGCAAAACCAGUUAGUCAGUUCUUCAUCCCCUCUCAACAUGCCAUGCACUAAAAGCUGCAAUACCCUUCAACCAAAGGAGGCCAAACCACCUUCGCUCUGUGCGGAUAAUCGGGCUGAAUACGUCCAGGCGUCCUCCUCCCUGAUGAUGCUUACUGGACUGAUAGGGAGGAAGGGCUCUCCUCACCCACCCCGGUUCGGAUAAGCAAGACCAGACCGAGGUUGUGAAUCUCAAUCUCAGCGUCUGAUUCGAGGAAAGACGAGCAGCAAGCUACAAUAUUUUAAACGCGACGGGACAAG